UCAUAUAAACUCAAAAUGUGGCGAAUUCGGAGACUUCAUUCACUGUUGUUGAGGCUGUUGAGUCCUAAAGUAGUUAGAUUGACUUUUGCGUGUAAGUGUUUCGGAUCGAAUAAUAAACAAAUUGAUAACAGGUUCCAGUUUUUCGCAAAUAAAAAUCCUAAAAAAUCCUUUGUCUUAUUCCAUAAUCAACCAGAAAUCUUUGGCUACGAAAUGCCGCCCGGACGUGGGACAACGACGACGCUGACCACGACCCAACUCUACAUCAACAUCAGCAUCUUGUCGCUUGGUCUCAAUGCGGUUUACGUGGCCUAUCUGGUCAAUUCUGGUCACCUGUACGAUACCGGUAAGUGUUGGUCCUCCCAUGUGGUUCUGCUGCUUCCAGCCAUCGAGCUCCUGAAGGAUCUGUUCGUCAGAAAAGCCUUCAUGCUGGAUGGUGCGGCCCGUGCUUCCCUUACUUCAGGGAUUACUUCCACCACCGGAUCUAGCAAAAACGCCAAAGGGACAACGAAGAAAUCAUCUCCUCUUGGCGAUUCCGGAGGCAUAGUCGGCAUCAUCUUCGGUUCGAUUGUAUUUUAUGCAUUCGUUUGUCUCAUUCUGGGAGCUCCUUUGGAUCAAUACGAGGAAACUGUUUCGCUGGCCAGUGUCCUAACGUCGUUAACCAUUUUUCCGAUAGUUUUGUUCCUCGGUCAUACCGAGACGAUGCGAUUGUUGUUUUCUGAAAGUCUAGAGCUUCGGUCGUCCUUGGCCAAUGGUUACUUGAACCUGCUGAAGAACAACUGCAUCGGAGUGAUCCUCGGAGCUUGGGGAGCAUCGGUGGUGGCUCCGCUGGAUUGGGACCGUCCCUGGCAGGUGUAUCCGGUGCCGAAUGUUGUCGGAGCCAUUGCGGGCGCCUUUGGCAUGAACGUGUUCACCUUGCUUAGCACGACGUACUUUGCGCUCACUAAUGACCGUAGGAAAAGGGGAAUGGUUUAAGGACAAAAGUUGUUUUUGGCGGACUUUUUCGUGUCGAUUUGUUUAUCCUUUGGCGAAUUUAGUGAUCAUUUUCGAUCCUGGUUUCUAGUCUAUCGAGUAUUAAGUGUUAAUAGCUGUUGCACAAGUAUAGGACGAGCAAUGAAACAAUAUUAUUUCAAACUUUUGACACAAUGCUUAGUAUAAUUGUGCAUGAUUCCGUAGUCGGAAGUAGAAUAAUCAUACUACUAAAUGUUAAAUAACUAUUAUUCAGCACAAACAUGUUUUCUUUCAAUGUUUUGGUAAUCGAAAGGGUCAACUAAUAAUUGUAUUGUAAUUUCAUUCAUCGUUCUCAAGACUGAACCUCUGAAUAAGAUUUUUUCGCUCAACACGAAAUGGUCGAAUUCGAAACUCGGCUGUUUUCAAUUGACUAUUUAAACUUAGAACUAUUAAUUUAGUAUUUUAGAGUUUGAUUAUUCAUCCUAAAAUUAAAUAAGUCAUAUAAUAAAUUGUAUGAUACCUAUACUGCCGCUAUUCGCAAGACUGUCCCAUUUGCAUUUUCGUCAUUUUUCAGUUUAUCUCAAAAAUCGUUCAAAUACAAUUAGUUCUUCAAUUUAGACUAUAAACUUUCAUAACUUUGUUCUCGACAUAUAUGAAAAAAAUACCAAAUCAUGUCUGUCCCAUAUGAAAUAUACCCGCAAAGCUGUCCCAUAUGUCUAUUUUUACAGAAUGCUUUAAAAUUGCUUUUCUAAUUUACUUUAAUUUUACAAAUAUUCAUACAAUGUGUGCGACAAAAUAAGCAUUCAUUGAAAUUACGAAAGUUAGACUAGAUAAAACAGUACAGUUAAGUCGAAAAUAACAGUUUCCAUAAUUUUUACAAGCUAUGAUUAGCCUAAUGGGUAAAUUUCACAAAACUGUUUUUUUUUAUCUCGCAUUAGGCUUAUUGAAUUGUUCGUUGUAAAACAUGGAAAAUAGUCAGCUACAAAGCCAUAUUUUUUGAGGUUUUUGUCAUGCUCUUGUUUCCUGCUUGGACUACCAUAAAAUCUAUGAACCAAAAUACGCGUACCUGGCAGCACACGCGUAAGUCAUAAUGUAUUGAUUUUUCUCAAUGAAUAUUUGCAGCCAAGAUGCUUCGCCUUUUCUGAUUCAGCAAUUUGUUAGUAUUUAUAAUCUUUCUAAAAAGAUAAUCGACAGAAAUUUUUUCCAAAAGAUGAAGGUAUAGGUUGUUUUAUUCAUGGAACGUUGUUAUUGAUUUUAUUUUAGACCUACUCAAUUUUUACGAUAAACUUAUAAUAUGUUAUAAACAUCAUUUUAAACUUAUUUUCAUCAGUAAACAACCAGUAAAGUGAAUAAUACAGCGCAGAUAGAGAGAAUCAAAUGAUCAACUGACAAAAGAAAAGCCAAAUAUGGGACAGCUUUGCGGGUACAUUUAAUACGCAUGCGAAAUAUACUCGCAAGGCUGUCCCAUCAUUAUUUUCUCCUCUGCAUCAACAACUUCCAAAGCAAAAAAACAUUGAACGAAAUUCUACAACAAUUAUCUUGAUAUCUGUGAAGAAAGAAAUAGAAAAGGUAAAGUUUCAACCGAGAAAUCCACGAAAGUUUAUAAAAAUCUUUAAAGCCGUUUUUCUCGGUUCGUUGUUUUUGUAUAUGGGACAGACUUGCCGGCAGCGGCAGUAUAUGUGUAAUACUGACAUUUUGUACUGUUCAAUUGGAAAUAUAGUCCUUAUAAAUCCUAC